CAACAUCAAAACGGCUGACAUAAAUCCCCCCUACUUUUUUCCGCGUGAAUCUUUAGAAGUUUAUGCGCAAGCGCGAUAAACCGCCGGCUUCAGCAAGUAGCUAAAUCAAGGUAAAUAUAACGUGUUUUGUUGAGUAAACUUAAAAUUGUGUGAUCUGAGUUUGCUAAUGAGUCGUAAAUAACUGUACCAACGAUAAAAACAUAACUAUAUCAUGGCUGAUGAAACAGAACAGGUUCCAGCAAUAAAUGUUAAAGAACCAUUAGACCUAAUAAGACUAAGCCUUGAUGAACGAAUAUACGUUAAAAUGAGAAACGAGAGAGAACUACGAGGACGGUUACACGCUUAUGACCAACAUUUAAAUAUGGUAUUGGGAGAAGCAGAGGAAACUGUAACUACUGUAGAAAUCGAUGAAGAAACGUAUGAAGAAGUUUAUCGCACUACAAAAAGAAAUAUUUCUAUGCUAUUCGUCCGUGGUGAUGGUGUAAUUUUGGUUUCUCCACCUAGUAUGAGAGCUCCGUUAUAAGAUCUUUUAAUUAGAUAUAAGUUAUGUAUAAAUGACAACCACCUACAGUUCUACAUUAAUAUUAUUAAUACUAGUGUAUUAGUAUGUAACAGUUAUAUUACAGGUAUAUUAUAUUAAAACGAGUAUAUUCACUAAAAGAUUAAAAUA